CCCAAAAUGCUCCCCUAAGAUUCAUAUCCCGCCAAAAUUCCUUCCUCUUCUCCUCACUGCUCACACAGUCCAAACCCUAGAAAUUGAAAUUGCCAUUCCACAUUACAGAUUUCAAUUCUGUUCACGUAAAUCCGGGGAAAAAAAGUUACACCUUCACUUAUUAAAAAUUCUCCCAUCUUCCAGACUAUUUUUGAUUUCCAAGCCCAUCCCGCCAUGCCACCGGAGAAAAUCCCUCCGGGCAAGAUCCUCCGGCUGGAGCUCGAAAACUUUAAGUCCUACAAAGGCUUCCAAAUUAUUGGACCGUUCUACGACUUCACAGCCAUAAUUGGCCCCAACGGUGCCGGCAAGUCCAACCUCAUGGAUGCUAUUAGCUUCGUCCUGGGCGUCCGUACUGGUCAGCUCCGCGGCGCGCAGUUGAAGGACCUCAUAUACGCUGUUGAUGACGGCGAAAAAGAUCAGAGAGGUCGUAAAGCUUUUGUGCGGUUGGUUUAUCGGUUGGAUACCGGUUCUGAAUUUCAGUUUACGCGUACAAUUACUAGUGCUGGUGGUAGUGAAUACCGGGUUAAUGGUGAAAUUGUCAACUGGAAUGAUUAUGAUAAAAAGCUAAGGGACUUUGGUAUUCUUGUUAAAGCACGGAAUUUUCUCGUUUUCCAGGGAGAUGUGGAGUCAAUAGCAUCAAAAAAUCCUAAAGAACUUACUGCGCUGCUUGAGCAAAUCUCUGGCUCUGAAGAAUUUAAGAGGAAGUAUGAGGAGUUGGAAGAAGAGAAAGCCAAAGCUGAAGAAAACUCAGCACUUGCUUAUCAGAAGAAGAAGACGAUAAAGCUGGAGGUAAAGCAGAAGAAAGAACAAAAGGAAGAGGCUGAGAAACAUCUUCAUUUGCAAGAGAAAUUGAAAUCUUUGAAGCAAGAUCAUUUUCUGUGGCAAUUAUUGACCAUUGAGAGGGAUAUUGAAGAGGCUAAUGAGGAUCUUGAAGCUGAACAGCGAAGUCGCAAAGAAAUUGUUGAUGAACUAGGCAAUUAUGAAAGUGAAUUAAGCAAAAAGAAGAAAGAACAGAGUGUAUAUUUGAAAGAGACUGCACAAUGUGAAAGGAGAAUUGCUGAGAGAAAGACGAGACUUGAUAAGAAUCAACCUGAAAUUCUUAAGCUAAAGGAAGAAGUCUCACGCUUAACCAUGAAAAUCAAGAGUACCAGUAAAGAGCUUAACAAAAAGAAAGAAGAGAAGCUCAGGCAUGUGGAAGAAAUGGCGAAACUUCAGAACGACUUGCAAGAUCUCAUCAAGCAACUGGAUGACUUGCGUGAAAAGGGACAGGAUGCUGGUGAAAAACUGCAAUUAGCUGAUAGCCAGUUGGAGACAUAUCAUCAUAUCAAAGAGGAGGCUGGGAUGAAAACUGCAAAGCUGAGGGAUGAGAAGGAGGUGCUAGAUAGGCAACAGCAUGCUGAUAUUGAAGCUCAGAAGAAUUUGGAAGAAAAUCUUCAACAGUUGAAAAAUCGAAAGCAAGAGCUUGAGGCUCAGGAGAAACAGAUGCAAGCAAGAUUGGUGAAAAUUCUAGGUACAGUUGACAAGCAGAGGGAAGAACUUGCAAGAGUGAGAAAGGAACAGCGUGAGAUGAAAGAUAAACUUGAUGGAUCCAAACGGAAACAUGAAAUGUUGAAAACAAAAAUUGAUGAGUUAGAGCAGCAACUACGUGAGCUGAAGGCUGACAGACAUGAAAAUGAAAGGGAUGUCAGGUUUACUCAAGCAGCUGAAACUCUGAAACGCCUCUUUCCAGGUGUUCAUGGUCGCAUGACUGAACUCUGCAGACCAACACAAACAAAAUAUAAUCUUGCUGUCACUGUAGCUAUGGGCAGAUUUAUGGAUGCAGUUGUAGUUGAGGAUGAGGACACAGGAAAAGAAUGUAUUAAGUAUUGGAAGGCACAAAAGCUUCCUCCUCAGACCUUUAUACCUCUCCAGUCUGUCCGUGUAAAGCCAAUUAUUGAGAGGUUGCGCACCUUAGGGGGGACGUCAAAGCUGGUUUUUGAUGUUAUAGAGUUUAAUCCAGUAUUGGAAAAGGCCAUCUUAUUUGCAGUUGGAAAUACUUUGGUUUGUGAUGACCUCAAUGAAGCUAAGCGUCUCAGUUGGACAGGAGAGAGGUUCAAAGUUGUCACUACUGAUGGGAUCCUUUUGACAAAAUCUGGUACGAUGACGGGUGGUACAAGUGGUGGAAUGGAAGCACGUUCACAUAAAUGGGAUGACAAAAAAGUUGAGGGGUUAAAGAAGAAAAAAGAAGGUUAUGAGUCAGAGAUGGAAGAGCUUGGGUCAAUAAGAGAAAUGCAGCUGAGAGAGUCUGAAGCCUCAGGCAAAAUUAGUGGACAUGAAAAGAAAAUUCAGUAUGCUGAAAUAGAGAAGAACAGUAUUGAGGACAAGCUUUCCAAGUUGGAGUCGGAAAAGCGAAAUAUUGAUGAAGAAAUAGGUCGUGUUAUGCCUGAACUUCAGAAGUUGGAAAAUGUGAUAAAUACAAGGAAUAUAAAAAUUGUAUCACUAGAGAAGAGGAUUAAUGAUAUUGUUGAUCGGAUCUACAAGAAAUUUAGUGAGUCUGUUGGCGUGAAAAACAUCCGGGAGUAUGAAGAAAACCAGCUCAAGGCUGUUCAGCUAAUGGCUGAACAAAAGCUUGGCUUGCUUAAUCAGCAAUCGAAGUUGAAGUACCAGUUGGAGUAUGAGCAGAAGCGUGAUGUUGACAUACGAUCACGGAUUGCCAAAUUGGAAGCAACACUCGGGAAUUUGAGAAGUGCUUUGAAAGAUGUUGAGAAAAGAGAGAUUGAGUUGAAGUCUUCCAUGGAGAAAUCUGGAGAUGAGAUUGAUCGUCUGAAGAAAGAAGUACUAGAGUGGAAAUCCAAAUCUGAAGAGUGUGAAAAGGAUGUACAGGAGUGGAAGAAAAAGAUUUCUGCUGCUACAACUAGCAUAAGCAAACAUAAUCGUCAGAUAAAAUCAAAGGAGGCACAGAUUGAGCAGCUAAAUUCGCGGAAAAUAGAAAUACUGGAGAAAUGUGAAUUGGAGCAUAUAAGUAUUCCAACUAUAUCUGACCCAAUGGAUACUGGAGAGCCAACACAUGGUCCAGUUUUUGAUUUUAGCAAACUAAGUAGAGCUCAACAGCAGAAUAUGAAUCCGUCUGAGCGUGACAAGCUUGAGGCAGAAUUCACAAAAAAAAUUGCUGGCUUAAUGUCAGAAAUUGAAAGAACAGCUCCAAAUCUGAAGGCUCUUGAUCAAUACGAGGCCUUGCGAGAGAAGGAAAAAAUCAUACUAAAAGAAUUUGAAGGGGCACGACAAGCAGAGUUGAGAGUAGCUAAAGAGUUCAACAAUGUCAAGCAGUCCAGGUAUGAAAAAUUUAUGGAGGCUUUCAAUCACAUCUCUGGUAAUAUUGACAAGAUCUACAAACAACUCACAAAGAGCAAUACCCACCCCCUUGGUGGGACGGCAUACCUAAACUUGGAUAAUGAGGAUGAGCCAUUUUUACAUGGGAUAAAGUACACGACUAUGCCCCCAACAAAGCGUUUUCGUGAUAUGGAACAACUGUCAGGGGGAGAAAAAACAGUUGCUGCACUCGCAUUGCUAUUCUCCAUCCACAGUUAUAAAGCCUCGCCAUUUUUCAUUUUGGACGAAGUGGAUGCUGCGUUAGAUAAUCUAAAUGUUGCCAAGGUUGCUGGAUUCAUCAGAUCAAAAUCAUGCGGAGGAGCCAGAAUCAAUCAGGACGCUGAGGGAGGAAGUGGUUUCCAGAGUAUAGUGAUUUCACUAAAAGACAGUUUUUAUGACAAGGCUGAAGCUCUGGUUGGGGUUUACAGGGAUUGUGAGAUUGGUGGCUCGAGGACGUUGACAUUUGAUCUGACAAAAUUCCGAGAAUCCUGAGGUUCUGACUCUGAAUCGCUGAUUAUCCUGGAAUAUUUUCAUGUACAUACAAAUUGGGAACUGAGUUUGUCAGGCGAAUAGAGAUGUUCAUUUUGGACAGGAGAGUGAAACCAUGAGAAGCAGAGCAGCUGCUUUUGUAUAUUAAUUCCUGUUUUUUUUUUUUUUUAACUCUGAUGUGCACAGGCCGUGUAAAUUGGUGUACCAUUUGGUGACGAGGAUCUGUAAAGGAAAGGAAUUGCUUUAAUUGUCACGCUGCAAUCUUAGGUUUUUGAACUUGUUCUCCCUCGGAUUUACUGUUUUCCUAUUUUCAUAAUGAUCAUGCUCGAUGCGUCCUUCGGACGUUGUUUC